AUGGCACCUGAGGAUCUGGCUCUCAAGGAGGUGGCCCUAGUUUACUUGGACAGGACUGGAGGGUUGCACAAAUUCAUCAGUGAUUGCAGGCGAUACAGUGAUUCCAAACAGUGUCGUGCUGUUUAUCGCUUCAUUAUUUAUGUGAAUCCAGCUGAUCUAACAGAGUUGGAUGCAAGACUUGGUAACUGUGUUCUCCAUCAGCCAAUAAGAGCUACAUAUUUGUUUCAGUCUGUGUGCUUUACAUCUAUCAAGACGUUGUCAUUAAUUCCACAAUUAGAAACCGAAAAUCAGGUUAAUGUUGUGCUAAAGUUGACACACUUGCCUCCAUUACCAAAUUACUCACUUAACCUUUGUCAAUUCCCCCGUGGAUACCAACUGCUGAGGUAUUAUAAGGUAGAAGGAGUGGUUAUUGCAGUAACAACUGUAACAAAGUACACACAAGGUGCAAGAUUCCUUUGUUCUGAAUCAAGCUGUCCCUUUUCAACAGGCUUUCGGUAUAUUCGGGUGCAUACUGUAGGUGCUACAGAAUCGGCAACUGUGCGAAAGGACUUCACGUGCACUUUGUGUAACUCUCCACUCAAGGAAGAUGUGAAAUUCAGAGUGCUGGGUGACAAACAGCUCGUUGAAAUGAUUGAUACAGCAGCCCUUGAUGUUAUUAAAGGAAAUCAAGUCAACAAAUCAUGUUCUAGAUAUCAGUCUUUUACUGUGUUUUUAAGGGAUGAACUCCCCAACAGAAUGAAGAUGGGUGAUAGAUACUAUGUAACAGGAAUUCCAACUCAUGUAUUCAGUGGUUCACAGUUAACAUUAUGCUUGGAAGCAAACACCAUACAACCCUGGUUAUCAAAUGAUCCACCUUUCAUCAGUGACAACUUCAAGUGUCUACUGUCUGUCACAAUGUCUUCACCCUGGAGAUUUACAUCUGUUCUGGCUGACAUCUUUGCUGCACAGAUUGUCCCUCCAGGCACUUACAACAUCCUCAAGCUCGGCCUGCUGCUGAGUCUGGUUCAGACCAGCAAUAACGAAAAGAAAUCCAUGGAACACUUAGAUCUUUUAAUUGCAACAAAUGAUCCAGUAACAGUGGACAGGCUGUUAAGAUAUAGUCUGAGCCUUGUGCCUUUUGGAGUACAACAUUUACCAUCAUAUGAAAUUUUUGCAACAGUCUCCAAAGAUGAACAUGGAACUGGCACUGCUAAAGUUCAAGCUGGGUCUGCGCUACUUGCCAAGGGGGGUAUCUGUUACAUAGGGGAACUUCUUUCUCUCAGAAAGGAGGCAUUUAAAUUACUUCAGACAGUUUUAGAAACUAGGAAUAUCACAGUAUUUAUUUCUGGAAAAAAGUUUGGAGAAGAUGUUGAUCAGCAGAUGACCUUCCCAAUCCAGUGCAACUUCUGGGCUUUAACUGAUGCUAACACACACCUAAAGAAAGCUGGCCAACAAGGAGAUGCCGUAAUCGGAUCAGUGGACUUGAGUUCAGUUCCAGCUAAUCUGGCUGAUGGCUUUGAUUUAAUGAUUUACUGCAGUGAAUCAUCCGAUUAUCAUUCUCCUAUGAAUCUAAUCCAGCAUAAACUGAAUGAAGCUAUGCACCAAGGCAAACCUCUCUAUCCAGCACUACAGCAGUUUACAACACAAGACUAUAAAGAGCUGCUAGCAUUUGCCAGAAACCAGGAAGCUGCACUUACUAUCAAAGCAGAGAGGCUUAUACAGGGGUAUUACACUGCAAGCAGGAGAGUUCGAACUGAUCCUAUUCACGGAUCUAAAAUUUCUCCAACUGCGCUGAAAACUUUAAUGUUUUUAUCUGAAGCACAUACCAAACUCAGCCUGAGAGACAAAAUACUGGAACAAGAUGCUGUCAUUGCGAUUUUACUAUACGAGAUUUCCAUCACUGCAAGAUAUGGUGCUUCAGUGCUCUGCGUGGCUCCCAAUGCAAUAUUUCGAUUUGAUCGGUGCGACAGGCACAGCUUAAAUCAAAGGGAUAUAUAUUUGGCACAAUUCCAUCAACAACUAUUACAGUUCUGCUCAACAUAUGCCCCUGGGAUGUCUCUGCAUUUUGCUGAAGAAUAACUUGAAGCAAAAAUUUAUCUGCAUUGUACUAGGAAUCUGCUGAUCAAUAUUAUGUUAAUGUUACUAAAAUUUUUUGCAAAUAUUAAAUGUAAUAAAUACCAAAAAUACUAAAAUGUCUGCACAAAAUAACUUGGUAACAAAAGGUGUUGUCAGAAAAAGUACUUAUUAGAUCCUAUUGUAUAACUUAGUAUUUCAAAAAUAUAUAGUGCCAUUGUUUAAUAUAUUUACUGUUCAAUCACUUUGAGGAGAUGCUUAUUGACAAAAAUAAUAUUAAUACCUCAUCUAAUGUUUGAUAUUGAAUGUAAUGAUCCAAUUUGAUUAUUUUUAAGAUUAUUAAAGAUUAUACUAGGAGCAGAAAGUUGUAAUGGGACUCAGAAUAGCUGAUUGAGUAUUGAUCUUCAGUUAUUGCAAACAAGUGUGGUAUCUGCUUGUUACUUCAUUUUAACUUCAAAUUAGUUCUUUUAAAUCUAUUCUAUAAAAUAGUUUUCUAAUCAAACAAAUAAACUGCAAGAACAAAUAUGAAAGACUUAAUUCUGCAGUUUUUUGCAGUUGCAAACUGGGUGGACCAUAGACAUCUCCUUGGGUUCAGUAACAUCAGUCAUUCCUACAAACAGUGUGACCUCUACUUUUGUGGCAAUUAACUCACGCUGCCCUGCUUCUAGGACUGGGAGGCUAACAAAGAAUUUUUCCCCUGCAGUUUCCUGGAUUUUGCAGCUCAAGUUUCCAUUGAGUUCCAUUUCUAAGUGUUAGCCUUACUGAGCAGUCAAAAUCAACCAGUGGAGUUUACAACCUUACAGCUCCAAAAUCACCAGCCACACAAACCUUCCAGUUUUUGAUUAAGAGGGCU